GUGACGUCAGCACGUUUCUCUAAGGAGAAACAACCGACCUAUUCCGGUUAACAGCCAGUCAGCGACGGUGCAAGUCCCAGCUCCAGUUGAAGCUUUGUGUCGCCGAAAAUCUUUAUUUUUAUUUUUUUUUCCUGAGGAUAUACAUUGGUUCUUAAGGUUUGACAAUGAGGACUGAAGAUAAGGUUCAAGUCCAGCAGAGUGAUCUUGGCGAGGGAAUGCGGCUCAUUUUCAACCAGGAAUCCUCACUUACGCCCAGAUCUUCACGCUCCAGCAGUCGCAGCAGCAGCAGCAGUAGUGAUAGUUCUUACUCCAGCAGUGAUAGAAGCAGAUCCCCCUCAGUGUCGUAUAGGUCACGGAGACGACAGCGCCACGGAUCACGCUAAUCUUCAUCUUCAAGCACGAGCUCCAACUCUCGUUCUCGUUCACGUUCUCAUCCGCGCUGCUGCCGAGCUUCAGAUCGUUCCCGUUGCCACCAUCGCCGUCGAUCUCGCUCUUACAGCCCCUAUCCCAGGCGCUCAUCCCGUUACGGGCGACGCAGAUACUCCCGCUCUAUCAGCCGCUCUUUUUCCCGGGAACGUUAUUACAGGAGGUCACGGAGGUCUCGCUCUCGAUCCUCAAGCUACAGGAGAACAAGAGGUGCUUACACUGGCAGGUUCAGGUGCCGAUUCUCCCCCUCACCCAUGAGGAGUUACUACAGGCCCAAAUCGAAAUCUCCGGAACGCUCCGUGUGGCUGAGUCAGAAAGACAAAAUGGAUCUCCUGAACAUUGCCAGAGAGAAUGCAGCGAAGAUUCUGGGAGUAGAUGUGGUGAAGCUGCCUGCAAGUGUGAAGUGUAUCGAGGAACAAGUGAAACAGACGUUAGAGUCCGACGCUGAGAAAAGGGUGAGAGCAGACCCAGUGCCACUGAAGAAACCACCACAGGACGAAGGCGAGGCAGAUGAAGAUGAUGUGAUUUCUAGAACAUCUCCAGGAAGAAAACCAAUUACCUUCAGCAUCGGUAACACUGUUGCCAAGCCAUCGAGCAGCCCAACGGUUCACGUUACAGAGAGUAAGGUAACGUCCAGAGCAGACAGUGUGGGGAACAGGAUGCCGUAUGGACAGUGGAUCCCUGUCAAGACAGUUUCCACUAAAAAGCGCUGAUCCUCUAGCGUUGGAGUUUAUUAGUGCUGUAUAUAUUGUAAAUAGUCUGUACAUAUAGGAAGGAAAUGUGAAAUAGUGGAUUCAUCAGGCAUGUUUUCUUUCAGAUAUAAAGUGAUUUAAGUUGGAAGAAGACAAGUGGAUAUCAAACAGGUGGGAGGUUUCGUAUGUGAACUUGUGUUUUUUUUGUGCUUUGUAAAUAGUUUCUAAUAAAGAUUCUGAAGUGAAAUGAUAUAAGAAAAUUGUACAAACAAGACAAUAAACUAGUAAAAGAA